AACAAAGGUAUGGAAAAGGUGAAGCUAUUCGCAACAUGGUCAAGCCCGUUCGUUAAAAGGAUCAUUUGGGCAUUGAAAUUGAAAAACAUUGAGCAUGAAAUCAUAUACGAAGAUCUUGCCAAUAAGAGUCCCGAACUCUUAAAGUACAACCCUAUUCACAAGAAGGUACCUGUACUAGUGCAUAAUGAAAUUCCCAUAUGUGAAUCGCUUGUUAUUCUUGAGUAUAUCGACGAGACAUGGAAGGAUGCUCGUCCCUUGUUACCUAAAGAUCCUCUCGAUAAAGCCAACCAACGUUUCUGGGCCAAAUUCAGUGAUGACCAGGUUUUGCCAUCAUUCUAUGGUUAUAUUAUGAAGCAAGGGAACGAGAAAGAGGAAGCGAAAGAAACAACAUUGGCCCAUCUAAAACGAGUAGAACAACUGGUAAGUGAAAAGAAAUUCUUAAGUGGGGAAAGCGUUGGAUUCUUAGAUCUGGCUUUCGGGUGGCUGGCUGAAAAUUCGCGUCCCUUAGAAGUGAUAACCGGUCUCAAACUGUUUGAUGAAGAUACAUUUCCAAACUUAUGUGCAUGGAGGGAUAAGUUCCUUGAGGUCCCUGCAAUUAAAGAAAGCUGGCCUGAUCAAGAAACUCUUAUAGCCAAGUAUCAAGAAAUCAACUUAAGUAAAGGCAAAUAAGUUCUACAACACAUGUUUCAUGAGAGGGUCACUGUGACAUGUUUUAUUUUGGUUUUGAAUUAUAUAAUAAGUCCUUGUUGAAUUUUCUAAAAUGUUUUUAGAGGGUACGGCCACAUUAAAUAUUGAAUUUGCUAUGUUGUUUGGUUAAAAAAUAUUCGAUUACACUAACACUUUAGGGGUAGUCGAAUCAGAAGAGUAUGUUGAUCACAUUGAUUAA